AUGAUCGAAGAAGGUGACCAGCAGGAGUACAAAGAGUACGAUGAAUCAACAAUGAUGCCAGAAGGGCUGGUAGAAGAGUUGGAAAAAUUAGAAGAAAAGAAGAAGCCAAAUAUGGACGAAACUGAGAUGUUGUUAAGUGAAUUCGCCAUCAUAUACGUAGCACAAAAGGCAAUCAAAGGACAAGCCAUGGCUGACCUACUGGCAGAAAGCCCUGUCGACGAUAAGCUUGAGCCUUUACGGACUUUCUUCCCAGAUGAGGAGGUGCUAGCUAUGGAAGAAGAAUUGGCGGAACCAUACACAAGCAUUGGUUCAGCUAUGGUAUCUUGGUGCAGCAAGAAGCAACCAGUGGUAGCAUUAUCUAGCACUGAAGCUAAAUGUGAUAAUGAAAGUGCUGUCAAGCUUGCUCUUAAUCCAAUUUUUCAUGGUCAGACGAAGCACAUAGAGGUUUGCCAUCACUACAUUCGAGAGAAAAUACUGGAAAAUGAUGUUGUUCUGAAAGAAAUUUCUACAAAUGAGCAAGUCGCAUACAUAUUUACAAAAGCCUUGGUGAAACCUAAGUUUGAAUAUUUCAGAGCCGCUCUUGGAGUUAUUGAUCUAAAUAGGGGUAUAGAAAUAGGCAAUGGGAAUCAAAUGAAGGAAAUGCUACUGUAUACGUUGCUAUCCAAUUCUAAUUCAUCCAAGAACCUUGAAAUAUUAAUAAUUAAAGAGGGCUUCUUCUCUAAGUCAGUACUACUUGGCGUUGCUAUUGGGGCCAAAUUCAAUGAAGAAUUUGACAUAACAUGGGGUGAAGGCAGAGCAAAGAUACUCAACAAUGGGGACCACCUAACUCUCUCACUUGACAAAAUAUCUGGUCAUGGGCGGAGCCACCUUCGGGUGGUCAGGUGCACACCCUUCGUCGGAAAACUACGCGGUUUUCAAUCCAAGAAUGAGUAUCUAUUUGGUAAAAUUGACAUGCAACUCAAACGUGUCCCUGGAAAUUCUGUUUGCACUGUUACUGCUUACUAUUUGUCAUUACAAGGGCCAACACAUGAUGAGAUAGAUUUUGAAUUCUUGGGAAAUCUAAGCGGUGAUCCUUAUACUCUGCACACUAAUGUGUUUAUCCAAGGCAAAGGCAACAGAGAACAACAAUUUCAUCUUUGGUUUGGCCCUACUGCUGAUUUCCAUACCUAUUCCAUCCUCUGGAAUCCACAACGCAUUAUAUUCUAUGUGGAUGGAACACCCAUGAGAGAAUACAAGAAUGGUGAAUCAAUUGGAGUGUCAUACCCCAAGAACCAGGCAAUGAGGAUAUACUCAAGUCUAUGGAAUGCAGAUGAUUGGGCUACAAGAGGGGGACUUGUCAAGACUGGUUGGUGCCACGCACCUUUUAGUGCUUCUUACAGAAACUUCAAUGCAAAUGCUUGUAUUCCCAAUUCACCUUCAUUUUCUUGCAAUUCCAAUUCUGCAAUUUCGACCAGCAGUUCAUGGCUGAAUGAAGAGUUAGAUAAUACAAGUCAAGAGAGGUUGAAAUGGGUGCAGAAAAAUUACAUGGUUUAUAAUUACUGCACUGAUUCUAAGCGAUUUCCUCAAGGAUUUCCAGCAGAUUGUAUUUAGAACAACUGAACAUUUACCCUUAGGAAUAUUGUAUUCUUUUAUUUUAUGAUCUCUAACUACUGUAAUGAUUCUUUUA